AUGAGAGCAUUACCAAACGAGAGAGAAUUUAUCGAAUUUUUAUUAAAUAUAGGUGACGGAACUCUCAAUGAUUAUGAUGAUCAAGUUAAUCUUCCUGCCAUGUGUUUUACAUCAACGGAUGAUAAUAUUGUUGAAAAUGUUUAUGGUGCAAUAAUCAGAGGUAAGCGUUAUAAUGAACUUACAUCAACUGUCAUUUUAUCGGCCAGAAAUAUAGAUGUUGAUAUCAUUAAUAAGCAAGUGAUUAAACUUUUAGAAUUUUGCACGGAAAAGACUUAUGUGGCUACUGACAGCACAGAAAAUUGUGAUAAUGGAAGUAUGGAUGAAGCUUUAUUACCAGAAUAUUUAAACACAUUGAAUCCACCUAAUUUUCCGCCGUAUGAACUUCAAUUACGUCAAUACUCAAUAGUUAUGUUGAUUAGAAAUUUGAAUUUAAGUGAAGGGCUUUGUAAUGGUACAAGGAUGAUCAUUUUAGAGAUGGCAGACAAUCUCUUAAAGUGUAAAAUUUUAUCAGGUGAUAGAUCUGGAGAAAUUGUUUUUAUCAAUAGAUUAACAUUAUAUUGUGAAAAUACAUAUCCUUUCACUUUCAAGAGACGACAGUUUCCAAUUAGAGUAGCAUUCUGCAUGACUAUUAACAAAGCCCAGGGUCAGACAUUUGAAAAAAUUGGAGUCGAUCUCACUAAAGAUGUUUUUAAUCAUGGUCAACUCUAUGUUGCUUUUUCACGAGUCAGAUGCUGGACAUCAUUACAAGUAUAUUUUACUCAUGAUAAAAAAGAUAAAACGGUUAAAAACAUCGUUUAUAAAGAAAUCUUUUCGUAG